ACAACCGCUUGCCACCACAGCGCCAACUCAGCCCUUCAACUCAACAGAACACCCCCUUAUCCCACAACAAACAGCAUCAUGUCUGAGCGGGACGAUACCGUGACACAGGCCAAGCUCGCCGAGCAGGCCGAGCGCUACGAGGACAUGGCCGCGGCCAUGAAGAAGGUCACCGAGAUGGACAGCGAGCUCAGCCCCGAGGAGCGCAACCUCCUCUCCGUCGCCUACAAGAACGUUGUCGGCACCCGCCGCUCGUCCUGGCGUGUCAUCUCCUCCAUCGAACAGAAGACCGAGAGCAACGAGCGCAAGCAGUCGAUGGCCAAGGAGUACAGGGAGAAGAUUGAGGGUGAGCUCAAGACCAUCUGCGAGGAGGUCCUGAAACUCCUGGACGACCACCUCGUCCCCAAGUCCACCAACUCUGAGAGCAAGGUCUUCUACCUCAAGAUGAAGGGCGACUACUACCGCUACCUCGCUGAGGUCGCAACCGGCGACGACCGCGACAAGAUUGUCAACGACUCGCAGGAGGCCUACCAGGCGGCCCUUGACAUCAGCAAAUCCGAGAUGGCGCCCACGCACCCCAUCCGCCUCGGCCUUGCCCUCAACUUCUCCGUCUUCUACUACGAGAUCAAGAACACCCCCGACAAGGCCUGCCACCUUGCCAAGCAGGCGUUUGACGACGCCAUUGCCGAGCUCGACACCCUCAACGAGGAGUCGUACAAAGACAGCACACUCAUCAUGCAGCUGCUGCGCGACAACCUCACGCUCUGGACCUCGGACACCGACAACGUGGACGGCGAUGACGAGAACUAAAGGACAGAUUGGCCUCGUGAAAUGAACUUGGUGGCGUCGCCUCCUCCCUCCCUCGUCUUCCAGAUCUAAGGCGGGAUCGUGUGGGAGAGUUGUGGCGUUGCUGGCUUUGUUUCGUGUGUUCUCUUCAUGUGACGUUAUGUCCUAUUGUCGUGCUCUUUCGUGUCCUCUUUUCUUUUCCCCCUUUCUGCCCCGCGCAUCGUCUCUCCAAACUGCCUGUCUGCCAUGUCAAGCCUUUCCCCUGCCCACUCUCUUUGUCGGUGUUCCUUGUCAUUCCGCCUUUGCGGUCUGAGGUUCGCUCGACCCAGUCCCCUCCUUUUCCCCUUUGACUUGGUAGCGGUGUGGUGUCCAUUGGGCUGUGCGUUUGCGCACGUGGCACCUUGCUUGCUGCGUGGCGUGCUUGCGGCGGCUCGCACGUUUUCGCCGUUGUGCAUGUGUCGCAUUUUCCCCCUCCUCUUCUUCCUCCUUGCGUUUCCCAUUUCUUUGUUCCUCCUCUUCCCCAUUUGCAGUGUUUGGUGGUGAUUCCACCGGCAUGUGAGUGUAUGUGUACGUGUACGCGCGUGCUGUCGUGUUGUCUGCAUGUGUGAAUGUGAAGUGAAGCCUCGCAGCAUUGAACCAAGCACACUUGCUUCUUCUCUGUGCAUUUGUUUUGGAAACUUGUCUCUCUACCCGUGAUUGUCGACUGUGUAUGUGCGCGUGUGUACAUGUAUUGUGUGGGCUUUGUCGCCGUGUGCCUGGCUGAGGUGUUUGCGUGUCGCGCCCCGUGAACUCUCUUGCUCCCCUUCCUCUCCCUGUUUCCUUCCUUGUUGGAUCUCCUCCUUUUCUGGGCAACGUUGGCAUAGCUGCUGCUACUGCUUUCCCGCACUUGCGUUUCUUUUGCGGGUUCUGCCCAGCCGUAGCGUGUCGCGUUGUGUGUGUCCAACGCAAACAGCAAAACCCCCCAAAUCGCACA